AUGUCAAAUGUUGCAUCCCAGCCUCGUGCUUCUCGCUCGCCUUCAUGCAUUAAUCGAGACGUAGAGCUGGAUUAUCCUCAAGAGCCAGAUCAAUUUGAUCGUUUCAUUCCUUCAAUUCCAGAAGAGUCUUAUCCUAACCAUAAUAUUUCCUUGACCCAACCCAUGUCUGAUGUACUCAAAGAUCAGUUUAUUGUCGAGACCGAGCAGUAUUCUGCUGAUCUAGGCACUUACAGCCACGCCUUCUCCCCUCCGACCUUGGACCACAAUUUCCAGACGCCUGAGUAUUCCUCUGAGAACCAAUUCAGUGACCCAAGUGUCCCCCACACUCCCAUUUGGGAAGAUAAUUGGUUUCAAUCCGGUGCGCCAGUCGAGUUGGAUAAGACCGAACCUCUCACUAAACAUGCUUCAAAUGACUCUAACCAUCUCGCUAUAAACGGUGCGCUCUAUGAUACAAUUCAAAGCCGAGAGCUAAAGGUCGUUUCUGCGCUUCUUCCGUCAGAAAUCCCGCCACAGUUGAUGAGUCCGCAGCUCACAAACACUCCUAGUCCUUCUGGUCAGCAUUCUCAGAACGGAACCAUGGGCCCAACAAGCGUUCCCGUUGGUGUGACACCACAGAGCAACCCGGAAGAGAACAAGGCUCGGUCUAGGAGUCUACGCGUAAACCCGCACCACACCCCAGCAAACUCUGGGUCUAGCAGUCUUCAAGCAAGUCCAUCAGAUGCAUUCAUCCCAGCACCAAGUCCUAUAUUGAUGGUCUCAACUUAUAACCGCGGCGACUCACCUGCCAGGUCAGCCAUCCCUAUGGUAAGAAGUUCCAGUAAGAGGAGUCGAACUAGUCAAUCUUCAGCUUUUCUGGCGCCUGCCAAUCACUACUCGGAUGAUGAAGAUGAUGAUGGACUACACCAUGGCCCCGGUCAGUCGGCGUCCUCACACGUAUCACGGGCCAAGGAUGGCUCUUGGCUGCCGGACAGCACGAGCGGACAUACAGGAUUAGAUCCUACAGCGCGAGGCGAUCAAUUUGUUCCGUCACCCAAAGAGAUCGAAGAAAAACGGCAAAUCGAUGAGAAGAAUGCAGAAGUCGCCUCGUGGUUAGAGAAGAGCGAAGCAGGUAGCGAGCUUGGUGAGGAACUUGAAGUGGGUGCACAACCGCGUCCCACGAGGUUGGCAAGACCUAGAGCUCGUGCUCAUAGCACUGGAGCUCGGACUGGGACCCCUAGGCUUAGCGCACCGGACGAUUCAUGUAUCCCAGGUCCAGGAGUCGUGCUCGAUGAAGACAGUAACGGCGCGUAUACUGAAGACUCCGCCUCACGGUCUUCGGCAGAUGAUGUUCCAGAGUCUCCGCCUGCCGACGUUGACGUUCACCUGUCUGAUGAUCAAAGCUUAUUUCCUGCCAUUGAAGAAAUUCCUCCGGAGCAGGAAGAGCCGCUUCCACGCCAAUUUAUCAGAGCUCAGCCAUGGCAGGAUGUGGUAAGGGGGCCAAUUUCAUAUGACGCAGUGUAUCAGCCGAAGACUUCGAACGCUGCCAUGUACAAAUAUGAUCUGCUAGCAACAAAGUUUGAGACAGCUUCGCGCGCAGCUACCUGGGGCACUCGGAGACGAUUGAGCGAGACUGAUGUUCAAUCCAUAUUGUCUGGUCAGAGUGUCAGAAAGCUUUCACUUGCUCAAAAGACCCGCGAACGAGGAAAUAGCUUUGUCAAGCAAGCGUCAAGAUUUAUACCACGCAGGAGCAGCAGCAAUGCUAAGAAGAAAGAUGCCGAACCCUCACGGGAUAACUCAAGUACGGAGUCAUUGCAGAAGAAGCGUACAGAUACUUUAUCAAGCUUUAAAUCUCUUCAACGAAUUCCCAGUAUUGGCAAAGCUCCAAAAACACCUCCAGUGAAUACUGGAGGUGCUCUUUUGGCGAUGACCGGUCAACUCACAGCGGUAGGACGAAGCACGUCUGCCAACCCGGAUACCGGAGGGUUUCUGCAGGGUCCAUGGCAGGCUUUGAGCCGUCAUAGGAGUAAGAGUGAAAUUCCGAGAACGAAAUCCUCUGAUACACCUGGAUUGGCACAGCUCAUGACUAAUCAUGGAGGCCCUCCGAUGCCGACUCUUGUCUCACCAAUGCAGGAGAAAGCUUCGGUGGAGAAACGUCCUAUGGUGCAUGCCGAUGAUGACCAGGAGAUCGAUGAGGACGAGGAUGAGGCAGAGCCCAUCACCGAACAGGGAGUAAGAAUCGAUCUCAAGGUCAAGAUGGACAACAUUGUGCCCAAUUUUGAGGGCUUUCGGACUCACGCAACGCAGCUCAAUCCACGAUUACAGCCGUUCCUCGCAGAACGUAUUGUGCAUGAACAAGUUAGAAGAUAUAAGAACCUUGUGGAGAACAAAGUCAAGCACACGCAUGCCGUCAAAAACUUGAAGGAGUGUCCAUCCAAGAGCUUCUGCUUCGACCUGGGAGGCGAGGCAAAAGACCUUCCGCCUCGCAUGAGCACCAAGGAUCCGGAAGCCAGCGGCGCUCAGUUCCAGGUUUCAGGAAACGGGGAUUCUGAUGGAGAAGCAAAUACGUUUGCCGAGGGUGUGGUGACUGCUGCGCUAUUUCCAGCCGGCAUUCCUCUUCCUCCUGUCAAAAGGCUACCCGCAGAAUUCGAGUGUUCCCUGUGUUUCAAAGUCAAGAAAUUCCAAAAGCCAUCAGAUUGGACGAAACAUGUUCACGAGGAUGUACAGCCGUUUACGUGUACAUUCGCGGAUUGUUCGGACACGAGGUCCUUCAAACGAAAGGCGGACUGGGUCCGACAUGAGAAUGAACGACACCGACAUCUCGAGUGGUGGAAAUGUAACAUGCCAGAGUGCAAUCAUAUUUGCUAUCGAAAGGAUAAUUUUGUGCAGCAUCUCGUUCGUGAGCAUAAGAAGAGAGAGCCAAAGGUGAAAGCACGUGGGUCAGCUAGUAGUAAGGCAAAGCCUGUAGCUGAUACAACGGCAGCCUGGCAGACUCGGGUGGAGCAGGAAGAAAUCUCGGAGCUAUGGGGAUUGGUUGAGAUGUGCCAUGUCGAGACCCAGAAGAAACCGAAAGAUGAGGUUUGCAAGUUCUGUGGGAAUGUCCUCACUAGUUGGAAGAAAUUGACUGUUCAUCUGGCCAAACACAUGGAGCAGAUUGCCAUGCCUGUUCUAGAAUUGGUUAAAAGUCGCGUGGUCUCCCCAGACACUAUCAUCAGUCCGAUCGAACGGAGCAGUCGGCAGCACCGUGUUCCCAAUCCAGCCAGUCCGCAGGGAAACAUGAAAGCGGAGCCGAACAGCGUUUCACCCUACCUGAUGAAUGUUACGCCUCAACACACGGGGUUGCAGGCGACCACUUCUCCCAGUGCCUACAGCCAAGACUCUCACUACACAGCUUCGAUGCAGAAUUCACCCAAUUUCUCACACACACCAACCUCUACCUAUGAUCCACGAGUCGCAAUGCAACCCCAAGAUAUGACUCAGUUUGCACAGAUGCACAAUCUGCCGGCCAACAUGAGCUACGGCCCUUAUCAAAAUGCACGACAGCCUCCAUCCUUCACACCAAUCAACGCGACCGGAUCCGCAACAAGCACAUAUCCUCCACCAUUUAAUUCCGUGCGCCGUUCGCCACAGCAGAUGAUUCCAGAUGGGCCACAAUCUCAUCCUGGUUUCGGUCAGAUUGAUACCAUGUACAAUAGUCAGCCACCACAACAGGCAGUAUUUUCCAGUCCCACAGAAGCAGGACCAUACGCUGCACAGUUUGAGGUAAGCAUGGGGCAGAUGCAACACUAUACGACGAGCACGAUGGCGUACCAUCCGAGCGGUCUGUCGACAGGGACGGUAUUGCCGCCCAAUCUGAUAUAUGACCCGCAACAGGAGUCGCCCUUCCUGGCGAAUCAGUCUAACGAUCAGAGCUAUCCUUACACGCCGCACUAA